AGGGAUGCCAGUGGGAGAGAAUCUGUCCUGACCUCAGGACAGGAGGCCCUGGGAUGGUGGCCCUGCUCCCAGCCCCCGGGCCUGGGGAGAGUCUGUCUCUCUGCACACGCCACAGCGUGCAGGUGGGGGUGCAGGGGUCUGUGGUUGGUCUCACCUCCUCCAUCAGACCGGAGCGUCCCUGCGGCAGAGUGGUUUCCCUAUUAGAUCAGGCCUCUCACAGGGGUGUGGGCUGGGUCUCCCCCAUCAGACUGGGACGGAGCUCCGCAAGGCCAGCCUUCAUCUCCUCCUCUAUGUUUAACUCGGGAAUCAUCUCUGCUGCCCAGCCUCAGCCUCUGUGGGUGUGUCCCAGCAGAGCCAACACCUUUCUAGAAAGUGCCCCCACCUCAUCCCGUCCUCCUCCCUCCUGGCCUUUGGCCGGGCCGGGAUCUGGCCCCCCAGCCCCGGCUGUCUGGGCCGACACCUGUCAGGUGUGCUUUUUCAGGAAUGGGGGAGGGCCGGGUGCCAUGAAGCCAGUGCGGGUUGUCACCAUUUGGUGGGUGCUACUGCUGGUGUCCAGGCUGGGGGCCACCAGGAGGGGAUCCCCAGAAGAGGCCUCCUUCUACUAUGGAACCUUCCCACUCGGCUUCUCCUGGGGCGUGGGCAGUUCUGCCUUCCAGACAGAGGGCGCCUGGGACCAGGACGGGAAAGGGCCCAGCAUCUGGGAUGUCUUCACACACCGCCGGAAGGGAAAGGUGCUUGGGGAUGAGACAGCAGAUGUGGCCUGUAAUGGCUACUACAAGGUCCAGGAGGACAUUGCUCUGCUGAGGGAGCUGCACGUGAGCCACUACCGAUUCUCACUGUCUUGGCCCCGACUCCUACCCACGGGCGUCCGAGCUGACCAGGUGAACGAGAAGGGAAUCAAAUUCUACAGCGAGUUCAUCGAUGCCCUUCUGAGGAGCAACAUCACCCCAGUUGUGACCUUGCACCACUGGGACCUCCCGCAGCCGCUCCAGGUCAAAUAUGGCGGGUGGCAGAAUGUGAGCACGGCCGACUACUUCAGUGAUUACGCCAACCUGUGCUUUGAGGUCUUUGGGGACCGGGUGAAGCACUGGGUCACUUUCAGUGAUCCUCGGACAAUGGUGGAAAAAGGCUAUGAGACAGGCUACCACGCGCCAGGCCUGAAGCUCCGCGGCACGGGCCUAUACAGGGCGGCACACCACAUCAUUAAGGCCCACGCGCAAGCCUGGCACUCUUACAACAGCACGUGGCGCGGGAAGCAGCAAGGUCUGGUGGGGAUUUCAUUAAACUGCGACUGGGGGGAGCCUGUGGACAUUAGCAACCCCAAGGACGUAGAAGCUGCUGAGAGAUACCUACAGUUCUGCCUGGGCUGGUUUGCCAACCCCAUUUAUGCGGGUGACUACCCUCAAGUCAUGAAGGACCGUAUCGGAAGAAAGAGUGCAGAGCAAGGCCUGGACACGUCCAGGUUACCGGCGUUCUCGCUCCAGGAAAAGCGCUACGUUAAAGGCACCUCUGAUUUCUUGGGACUAGGUCAUUUUACGACUCGGUACAUUACAGAGAGGAACUACCCCUCCCGCCAGGGGCCCAGCUACCAGAACGAUCGCGACUUAGUCGAACUAGUUGACCCAAACUGGCCGGACCUGGGGUCUCAAUGGCUGUAUUCUGUGCCAUGGGGAUUCAGGAGGCUCCUCAACUUUGCUCAGACUCAAUAUGGCGAUCCUCCCAUAUAUGUGACAGAAAACGGAGCGUCUCAAAAGUCACACUGCACUCAGUUAUGUGACGAGUGGAGAAUUCACUACCUCAAAGGAUACACAAAUGAAAUGCUAAAAGCUAUAAAAGAUGGCGUUAAUAUAAAAGGGUACACCGCCUGGUCUUUGUUGGAUAAGUUUGAAUGGGAGAAAGGAUACUCAGAUAGAUACGGAUUCUACUAUGUCGAAUUUAACAACAGAAACAAGCCGCGCUACCCAAAGGCUUCAGCUCAAUAUUACACGAAGAUCAUCACUGCCAAUGGCUUUCCCAACCCGAGAGAGGUGGAAAGUUGGCACCUCAAAGCCUUGGAAACUUGCUCUAUCAACAACCAGGUGUUGGCUGCAGAGCCGCUGCUAAGUCACAUGCAGAUGGUGACGGAGAUCCUGGUGCCCACGGUCUGUACCCUCUGUGUGCUGAUCGCCGCGGUUCUCCUAAUGCUCCUCCUGCGGGGCCAGAGCUGA